CACAAAUUAAAUGAAGCAACCUUCACAAUUACACUCUCCUCCAUAAAAACCUCUCACUCCUUCCAAAACUUCUCCUCCUCCCCCUCUCCAAUCUCCACACAUCUCUCUUUGUUCUGGAGAAACCCAAAUGCCAAAACCCCUCUCUGACAACGACACCAACCACGAUGCCGUUUGAAUCUGAAGACAAUAAUCAAAAGCCACCCUCAACGACGACGACGACAAAAGUCCAACAAAGCAUGGGUCACCAGCCACCGCCCCAAACCGACCCGCUUCACUGCCCGCGCUGCGAUUCCACCAACACCAAGUUCUGCUACUACAACAACUACAACCUCGCUCAGCCCCGCCACUUCUGCAAGUCCUGCCGCCGCUACUGGACCCAAGGCGGUACCCUCCGCGACGUCCCCGUCGGCGGCGGCUCCCGCAAGAACUCCAAGCGCUCUCGCUCCACCACUUGCUCCUCCUCUUCCUGCUCGCCUUCCUCUUCCUCGCUCACCCAAGAGGUCACCUCAGUCGCUACAGUGAAACCCGUUUCCUUAUCCGCUGAAGUGAAGCCAGAGCCGGCCUCAGAUGUGGACCAUUUGAUGGACCUGAACGAGAACGUGGUCGGGAACGGGGGUUUUACUUCGCUGUUGAAUUCUCAGGGGCCACCUCCACCUGGGUUCUUGGCGCUUGGUGGGUAUGGCUACGGGUACGGGUACGGGUCGGCGUUUGGUCACGGGCUUGAUGAAGUGGGCGAUGCUUUUGGCCAUGGCGGCAAAGGGGUUUGGGCUUUUCCUGAGGUCGGUGAUUUUCCAAGUACUGUCAUUGACCAUAACAAUAACAAUGGUGCUCCUUCCGGGUGCAACACGUGGCAGAUGACGACCAGUGCUGAUGGUGGAUUUGUCGAUGGGGAUUGCUUUGCUUGGCCGGAGCUUGAGAUUUCCAUGAUGCCUGCUUCAGGCAAAGCUUUCAAGUAACAGAAACACUCUUUUCCCAUUUCCAGAAUUUCAACAAAACAAAAAAAAA